GGUGACGGUACUUUCCCAUAUGACUAUUUACAUACAGAUCAACGGUAAAUUGAUACACACAGGCCACAGGAUACUAUACACUCUCUAGGUCUGUUAAAUAAUAGUUCAAGGCAAUCAUGACUAGGAGUACCAAGGCCGAGCAGCGUAAGUCACGACAAGGUGCCAAGCCACAUCCAAUACACUCAUCUGUCUCUUCUGUCCCACAGAAUAGUCGUACCGACAUACGCACUGACAUAGAUGCCGGUUGGGAGUAUGAGAUGACCAAGUUUCAUAUCUGUUUCCAGUUGGCAGCAAUGGGUGUGCUACUAACGUCACCAAACCAAAAUGAUGUGACGUUAUUAGUACUUAUGGUAGGGUAUCACUUUACAUUGUAUUGGCGGAUACUGAGCAAGUUUACACUGUUAUGGGAUGUGUACGUGUUUCUGGUCCCUCUUUCCGUUGCCAUGGUGAUACCAGAUUGGAUUCUAUCGCAAGAGCUGGAUAUCUUGGUGUUUCAACACAAAACAGUCCUAAUGAUUGGUACUGUACCUACAUACAUGGCUUUUAUGUGGGUUAUGCCGUUGAUUAUUACCACUCUAACGGGAGAGACGCUCACCAGGAGAGGCUACAGCAAGUGGGCAGUCAACGCAGCAAUUGUAGGCGUCCUUGCACGUUUCAUUGCAGCGGUGAAUGUGAUGCUUCUUUAUGUAGGUGCGAGUGUCACCUGUUACUUCCUGGUGGAGCGUGUUGACUACUCGACACUAUUUGAAAGAUGA